AUGCAUCACAAAUGCCGCAAAAUUGUUGGCCAUUUUAAGCACAGCCCAGCAAACACAGCAGAGCUGAACGCAGAGCAGGUGUCACUGGGGCGCAAGCAGGAGCCGUUGGCCCAGGACGUGCCUACGCGCUGGAACUCCACGCUGGAGAUGGUGAAGCGCUUGAUCCGCAACCAAACUGCAGUAACCGCGACUCUGGAUAAACAAAAGCAUAAACUUGUCCUCCUGACGCCUCCAGAGUGGGACAAACUCCAGAGACUGGAGACACUUCUAGAGCCCUGCAGAUAUGUGACUGAACUGCUGGGAGGAGAGGCCUACGUCUCCUGCUCUGUAGUUCUACCAGCCUUCUGCCACCUGCGCCGUGUCAUGGAAGUAACUGAUGAGGACCCUGCAUAUGUGGUGAGGUUUAAAGAGAAGUUUAAGGAAGACCUUGCUUCCCGCCAGGAACAUACCAACUAUGCAUGGCUCCAGAUCGCAACUGCACUGGACCCACGUUUUAAAGACCUACGCAGUGUGCCCAAGACCGACAGAGAAGCAGUGUGGACCACACUGGCAGGCAUGCUGCAUGAAGACUCUCCUAGAAGAUCACACACUGCAGAAGAAGGUCCAGCCAAGAAGAGGCUGAGCCUGCUGCAGAUGGACUCUGACUCUGAGUCAGAGGAGGUACAGCAGGACAGAGCCAUACAGCGCUACAGAGCAGAGCCCUGCACUGCCUUAGAGGACUGUCCCUUACAGUGGUGGGCAGCUCAUGCAGGAGCCCACAGCCAGCUGGCCCGCCUUGCUCGCAGAUACCUGGCCACUCCUGCCUCCACAGUGCCCUGUGAGAGGCUGUUCUCUGUAGCAGGGCACAUUGUGAACAAGAAGAGGUCUGCUCUGCACUCAGAGAACGUGGACAAGUUGGUUUGUCUCAGCAACUGGCUGAAGGAUGAGUAG